AUGGAUCCCAACAAUGGUGCUUCUUACGGAGGCUACGGAUACGGAGACGCAUAUGCGGCGACCAAUGACCCUAACGAAUCCGUACGUUCACGUUCCAAACUAAUGAAGAAUAUUUUGUAUCGUUGCUGAAACGGGUUGAAGUGAUGUUACUGGUUGUUGAUCUAAGGUGCAAGUAAAUUUGAAAAUUUCUUGUUUCGUCUAAAAUAUUUUUUUUCAUAAAAAAUCCGAAAAAAAAUUUGUGCCUUAAAAGAUAUUAAACAGAUCCGAUACCCGAUUCAUUUUCUCAGCAAUAAAAUAUAUUGAAUUCAAGAAAGGAGGUUUGGACGUCACCGUACGGUAGAACAGGCGGAAUGCUUUGUUUUCUUUGAAAGCAUACCGCCUGACAAAAAUGAUAAGUAUUGAUGAUUGAAAGAAUUAUUUAAGUUGAACUACGGAUGGCCUGCGGCAGGAGUCAUGAGUUCUAUGUCGGAGGGACAGGCUCCUUACCAACAAUCGAGCGGAUUCCCACUAAAGGUUCAAAAUUCAUUUAGUUAUUCAAAGGAAAUAUUUUAACAGAAAAGUAAAAACGGAAUUUCAGGGUUCUGGACGAGGAUUCGUCGCCCAGGGCGGUUCGUGGGCACCUCCGCCGACUCGAAGUUCUUUCCCUCGCAAAAAUGGUCCCCCAUUUGGCUGGAAGGUCUCUCCAUAGUUGAAAUUCACUUUUUAUAGAUGAAAAAAAUGCGCCAAAAAAUUCUUUUUUAAAAAAAAGCAGAGACGAACAUUUCUGUCGUGAAGUUCAGUAAUACAAAACCCGAAAUUUUCCAGUUGCUGAACUAAAUUCCGCUAAAAUUUGAUAAUUUUAUGUUUGAGGCUUUUUUCUUGUUGUGAUGCAUAGCAUCAAAAAAGAAAUUGCAUUUUUCAGCACUUGAAAUUGAUUUUAUCGCUUCAGAAUAACGUCCAAAAGAAGUCGGAUACUCAAAAACGCGUGGAAGCCGCUGGAAAACUCCCCGCCAUGCUGCUCCACGAACUUUUCCGCAACGUCACCGAAGAGUUGGUUAUUAUUCUUUUUAGGAGUUAUUCGAAUAAGAGAUGAACUUUUGUUGUUUCAGCUACCAAGAAGUUCAGUCAGUCCCCAAGAAGUAUCGGUGCAACAUCACGAUCAACGGACAGCAGUUUUCCAUGGAAGCCGCCAACAAAAAAGCAGCCAAACACGUAGAUUUCCAAGCUAUUUUCUGUCGUAAAGGCUCAAUUCGUUCACGAAAUAUUUAGAAUUAGUAGUUCUGGAACUUGAUUCUUUUUCAUUUUUCUUCGUUUGUAAGCAUUAUUCAAAUUCUAAAAAAAUGUUUGAAUUUUUUUGCGUUUCUGGGGUUUUAUGACAGUAAUUUUUUUGUUUUGAUUUUUGAAAAAAAUUACUUUUAAAAACACAAGGAAAAAAAUAGCCUUAUAUUUUUUUCCAAUAAGAAAAAGAGUUUUUUUGUGAAAUUCCAUGUAGAAAUCAAGCCAAAAAAAGCUCUGUUUUUUUGAAUUUUAUAAUUUCUUUUUAGGGCAUUUGUGCGUUUAAAAUUGUUUUGAAAGCGAAAUUAAAGCUGUUUUCAGAGUAAUUCUCGCGAAAUAAGAAAUUAUCUCUGCUUUUUAAUAUUCAGAUAUCUUUUUCACUCUCUGGCGGCUAUUUUAAAUGUUUCGAUAUCACUUUUAACCCGGUACAAUGGUUCCAAAAUCGAUGAGCUUUGGCCUUUAACUUGAAGAAAAGAUUGUUUCUCGGUGUAAAGUAUGGUUUUUUAAGCGCGCUGCGGAGCUGGCCCUCCGGUCUCUCCGACCCGACCUUCAGGUCAAGCCUUACGAAGAAGGAAUCACAACCGUGCCGACAAACGCCGUCGCAGCGAAAAGACCGGUGAGGAACGGUUGUUUUGCGCGAAUCUUAGGAGGGAAUCGGCUCUCGUCUAGCACUAGAUUGCUUCCCACUGUCUUGCUCUUCUUCCCAAAUAUCAUGCUCAUCUAUUCAGGUUAUUCAGGCUGCUGAACCUCUCGCGCAACAACACGAAGGCGCGAAGAACAACGUCGGCGGCAAGAAAAUUAAGGUUUUCCCCUCAAUUAUCCAAUAAAGUUCCUAAUUUUCCUGUCUUUUUCUCAGCUCUCUCCCCUGGAUUCGGCACUCUCGCUGCUGGACUUCUUUCGCAAACUGUGUUCUGAUGCUGGAGCCGCCUUCGCGCCGGUUUUCGACUGUGCCCCCGUCGGGAAAACCGAUAGCCCCACCGACAGCCAAACCGAGUACACGUGAGCGCUGGUUCUUUUGGAAAAUACAGCAGAUGGAAUCAAUUAAAAAAAGAAUUCGUGAAAAUUCAUUUUUUGGGAACAGCUCCACUAUUAGAGCGAUAAAAUUGUAGUUUCGAAGAACUUUCGAGAAAACCUACGUUAAAGCUUUUUACUGGCCGAGUUCAUUCCUAACAUUUCGUAACAAAAAAAGCGUUUGAAAGAUUUUUACCUUUUUGAAUCACAAGUUUAGGUCGAAAAUAACGGGAAAUAGUUUCACUUACCAUCAAAAAGAGGUUUUUUGUGAGUGAUUCCAAUCCAGAUUUAUUUUUUUGCUUUCAGCGGUACGACUCAUUGUGUAUAAACAUUCACACUGAAAAAGGGUUUUUGAAGUUUUCAGGGAAUUAUAGUUUGACUGAAAGGCGAAAGAAACUUUUUUGUAUUGAUAUGAGAUUAUAUAACAACUUUAUCGCCGAUAAUUUUUAACUUUUCACUUAAAUUUAACUUCUCGAAAAUCCGCUGAAAGUUUUUUUAUAUUUUUUUGACAGUCCUGAAUCGUUUACGAGAUGUAAGGAUAGUUUUUGACACAUUGACAAAAAUUUAAGAAGAAAAACCUAGAUAUUUUAUAAAUAAUACCAAUUCUAGUGUGACACUGCUUUUGUCCGCACAGUAGGUUCUCAAAUAUUCAAAAGCUGAAAAGUCCGAACCUUGACAAAAAUUACCUAGAAAUCUUGGAAAACAGACAACUUUCCAGUGUGACGCUGUCUUUCCCGGCGCAGCAGCGAACUUACACAAGAACCGGAAAAGGGAAAGCGAUGCUCAAGGACUUGGUCAUCCGCGAGGUUUCCCGAAUCUUCGAAUCUUCAGUUAUGAACUCGGCUAUUUUCCAGGCUCUUCAAGACUUUUUCAAAAUUUCCGACGCCGAUAUCCGCUCGGUGAUCCGUCGUAAUCUGUGCAAUAAGAUUCAGACGGACAUUCCAAUUGUUCAGGUUUUUUCGACCAAAUUUAAAAUUUGAUAGAUGGAAUAAUUCAGACCUUGCACAUCGUGUGUGACUUGUCUCAUUGCGACGUAAAGUUUACGGUAGGAAACCACUGAUUUUUAGUAAUAUUCAAAUGCAUUUUUUCCAGUUUGAUACACCCGACAAUAUCCCGCUGGGUACUGGUCCCACUCCUUAUAUCGCCGUUUGCAAGAUUAUCGAUCAUUCCGGUUAGUUUUGGGCAUUUUUUAAUGAAGAACGUGGUUAAUUAGUUUUUUGAAAGUUUAGGGAAAAUUUUUCGAUUUGUGAAAAUACUAGAGAUUUUUUAUAGCUCAUCCAUUCUUUGAGAACUUUCGGCUUGACAAUCUCGUAUAUUUUCUGAUUCAAAGUGUUAACUUAGCUUGUAGUAAUCAAAACCCUUAACUGUUUUGAACUUUUCACUUUUUUAAAACUUCAUUUCGUUCUUUCAAUCAGAAACAAAACUUCAAAACAAAAGUUUUCCGGAGAAAAAGUUGGAAUGUUGACGAUCACAUGUAGAUGAACUACGAAAGUGAAAAAUGUAAAAUGAAGUCACAAUUAAGAAGCAAUUAAUAAAAAAAGAUCGGCUAGAUAGUCAUUUUUCUUUGAUUUCUUCAAAAUUUGAAAAGAGCGAUUUUUCCAGAAGGAGAUAAAGAAAUUUCCUUCAAAUCGGAACCGGCCGGAUCGAAACACGAGGCCAAGGAACGCGCCGCCCUUCACAUGCUCAGGUUCAUCAUAUCCAGAAAUGCUUCUAAUUUUUUUAUCAGUUUUUUUAAAGCGAAAAAAAUAUCAACUAUUUCUCACUUCGGCAUUAUAUUUUGUUGCUAGAACACGAGCGCGUUUUUUAGCUCCUCUGAUUUUUUUAAUUAAAAUUUUUUGUUAGAGCAAAAUCUAUAGUUGAUGCAUUUUGACUGCUUCCUGUCGUUAUAACUAAUUUCGAUGAAGUUCGAAAACGAAAUUUAAAAAAAAAUCCUAACCUCCUAGCACCAAUUUUUGUUAUUAAUUCUACCUCUGACAGGAGCUAUUUCGAAAUCGACCCUGUCUCAAAAGUCGGAGAUGAAAAUCAACAGGGCCAAGCAGUUCAGGGCCCUUGUCAAAUCUUGAACAUCAUGUGGACCAGGCGAAACAAGGUAAAAUCAUCAUCUACCUUUUUUUAUUUAAAAAAAUAUUUUUUUCUCAGAAAGCAGCUGCCAUCAAAUACGAUUUCACUGACCUUUCCCUCAACAACAUGCCCAAUUUCUUGUAAAACCAUAAAAUUUUGGCAUUUUUAAAGAAUUACUUUUUAGAUGUUUCUGCGAGGUUGAAGGCGAAAAAUACCAAGGCGAAGGUCGAUCGAAAAAGUUGGCGAAAAAUGCGGCUGCGACGGAGGUCCUCAGGGCUCUCUUCAAGGUUUUUCGAAUUCUUGGCCAGGAAUAAUGAAACUUGAGUUCAGUACGAAUAUUCCGUGGACGGACCUUUGCCGCCGGAGUUGGCCCCGAAAAAACAUUCAGAUAAACAGGCGGAAAAGAAUUCUCGAUUUGAGGGAGCUGUCGUUUCUCCGCUGUAAGUUUUCUGGAGAAAAAUGAGUUUUUUGAAUUUCAUUUGAAUUGAUUACAUACAUCGGCUGGAUCCCACCCCAGCGUUUUUGCGCGCGAAAGAAAAUUUGAAAAUAUACUGGAGUAGGCCGCAGUUUGAGGGGGGUAGGCCGCACUCCCGGGCGGGAUCUAGCCGACGUAUGAUUGAUUAGGGAGUCUGUGAAAAUUCGGAGUUUUCAAGAAUAAGAACUUCAUUGUGGCAGUAGAAAGAGGGAAGUUGAACUAUUUUCAAACGAAAAAUUAGACAGAAGUUUGAAAAGGUCGCUUUUUGUGAACGUCCGUCUUUAUUAAAAAAUCUGUGAAAAUUCGAAACUUCCAAGAAAAUUGGAUGAGAAUUUCAGAGUGUCAGUAAAAAUAAUGAGAUCGAAGUAAAAAGUUCAGUAAAGAGCCAGAAAUUUAAAAAGACUUCUGUGAACGUUCGUGGCAGUUGAAAUUUUCACCCAUCAUAUCCGAAUUUUUCAAAAAUUUUGAACUUUGGCCUUAAUGCGUAACGAAAAAAAAUCACUAAGGAAUUUAAUUUUCGACCUAAACCUUUUUUUUAGUUCCUAUGUAUAUUUGAUUUCUAGAAGCCAGUAAUGAAAUGAAGUAAAGGGAUAUGGGUAUUCCAAUAGUUCAACAUAAAAUAAUUUCAAAACUAACUGUGACCAUAUUUUCCGACAAAACGUUUGACCCUACCUCGACUCCUUCAAACGCAGCUACUUGCAGGUGCACGGAAAUCUUGGAGUUCAGCAAGCAGAAGUACUACGACAUGUGUUCCGAGUUUCGUAUUGGAAUGAGCACUCAAAUGGCUUGGUUGGACUUUUCCUGUUCUAAGAAGACCUCGAAAAUGUUGCAGCUUCUUCCUCGUGAAUGAGAAAAAUGAGAAACGUCUUCUUUCGAUCGGCUCCUCGGCGCCGACCGUCAUCGACGUCGGCACGUUGACUUCGGCCAAAGGCAACAGCAUCGUCCAUCUCGAUCCCCUCGUCUUGGCUCGUCGUGGACUCGUUCGGUUAGCCUGAGAAAUUGAAAAAAAGAAAGAGCCGCGACGAGUUUUCCAUUUUUAAAGUAGCACCCGCGGAUGCUACCGCCGAUCGCCCGUUUGACCCCAGCCGAGCAUCCGAAACACAAUUUUUAGCCGCGUAUAGACCAUACAUGGGAUAAGCAUGGCUAGCAACAGCCAAGUCCUUCCACCCCACGCCCCCUUGCUCCAUGCUCAAAGAAAAAAAAUUUCAUCAUUAAUAACUAAGAAAAAUCGCUUGUUCGAUUUUUUAUAUAAGAUCGGACUAGCGCCGCCCUGAAAAUUUUGUUUACUUUUUUUUAUCGCACAAUCGCCCAAAUAUGUUUCUUUUUUUCCGAGUAUCAAACAAGAGAAAAUAAAGAAUGAUUCAGCCAUUUUCCUAUACCUCACUUCAGGUAUCUGAUGUCGGAGGUCGAACUCGAAGCGCAGGACCCGACGCAAACGAUCUUCCUCCGCGGCGCUGAUAACAAGCUCAAGCUAAGGCCCAAUUACCAUCUCGUGCUCUACGCGAACUACCCGCCCAACUGCAGUUUUGCCGCCCUCGAAAGACCCGAAAAACGCCUGAGCUAUCUGACGUGAGAACACGACUCCAAUUCUUCAAAGUGAUCGUUUUUUUUCAGUCGAAACGCGUUUUUACCGACUCCCGACGAGCCGCAAACCCUCCAAGAAGUUCAAGAAACGAGCGAGAUCCGCAUAAAUAGCACGGCUGACAAGGUCUUCAAGUGGUCUGUUCUAGGUUCGUCGGAAAUCUUUUUUAAUCAUGAAAGUAUCUUACAUGGGAGAUCAUUUUAGCGUAGGGUUCAGAAUUUUUUCUAAAUUUGCUCAAACAAUCUUUGAUGGACUGGGAAUCGAUCCCCCAUAGUCGCUAUCUGCACAAACUUUUUGUUUUGAAGAUAUGACUUUUCAAAGAUUUUAUCCUUAACCAUGUGACGCCGUUUGGAAGGAAUGUGGCCGCGCCACCAACCACUGCAUGGCAGCUAGGAGCGUGGUGCAGUGGUUAGCGUGUUAGCCUGCGGAGCCUAUUAUGAAGGUUCAAAUCCUUUUGCCGCUAACUUUUUUUUGCCAUUAUUUUUUUAAAGAAUUCUGAUAAGAAUAUUAAAAUUUCAUGAGUAAAACCUUUCCAAAUAAGUUCGAUAGCUAUUUUCUUUCUAAAAUCGCUUUUUUUUAUGGACAAUAGUUAUGGAAACUUUCUGAAGUUGUGGCGGACUUCAUCAGAGACUAUUUUUUUGAAAAUCAGCGAAAAAUGUUUCAGAAAAGCGCUGAACCUUCAUCGAAGAUCUUCGCAUGUCUUGGUUGUGAUAAAUAACAGUGGCUUUUCAAUAUUUCAAUAGCCAAUUUCUGUCUUACGUCUGAAGAAACAUCUUUACAGAAUAUGAAAACUUACCUGUCAUCCGAGUUUUAUUGAAAAAAAAAAAUUUCCAAACCCUAUUUCCAUCCUAAUCCAGAUUUUUUUUUUCAAAUUUUCGGGAAUCUAAUGUCGUGUUCAAAGUAAUUUCCGCGAAAUGCAAAAUGAUCUCUGACUCUCCAAAAUUUAGUGAUCUUUUCCUUUCUCUAACGGGUAUUUUGCAUUUCGCGGAAAUUACUUUGAACACGGCAUAAAAAUCUUUUGAGCAAAAUGUUUUUGGGAAAAAUUCUCUGAUGAUGUGAAGUCCGCCACAACUUCAGAAAGUUUCCAUAACUAUUGUCCAUAAAAAAAGCGAUUUUAGAAAGAAAAUAGCUAUCGAACUUAUUUGGAAAGGUUUUACUCAUGAAAAUUUAAUAUUCUCAUCAGAACUCUUAAAAAUAAUGGCAAAAAGUUAGCGGCAAAAAGGAUUUGAACCUUCAUAAUAGGCUCCGCCGGCUAACACGCUAACCACUGCACCACGCUCCUAGCUGCCAUGCAGUGUUUGGUGGCGCGGCCACAUUCCUUCCAAACGGCGUCACAUGGUUAAGGAUAAAAACUUUGAAAAAUCAUAUCACCAAAACAAAAAGUUUGUGCAGGUUGCGACUAUGGGGGAUCGAUUUCCAGUAUAUCAAAGAUUGUUUGAGCAAAUUUAUAAAAAAUUCUGAACCCUACGCAAAAAUGACCUCCCAUGUUACUGGGAUUUUUGGAAUGAGAACACUCACGUUUUCUGUACUUUUUGAUGAACAAUUCGCGUUAGGUUUUCCAUAAUCGGAAUUUCAUUAACGACAGUAAUAUAUUGAUAAAUCGUUGUUGAGCCCAACUAGAAAUAUUAGUUUUUUUUUUUCAAGUUCUUUUUUGAACGGCCAUGACUUUUGGCGCAUACCUAUGCGAGAGUUUCCGUGCUCAUAUUUCUCGAAAAGUCCUCUUUUGAGAUUAGGAUGCUCCCUAGGUAGAGAAAACAUGCUAAACGAGUGGCAAUAGAAUAUAAUUUUUUUUGUAGUCCGGUGAAAAUAUUUUUUUGCUCAAAGUUUUGCUCUGGAAGAAGGGAAAAAUAACCUCUGAUCUCAUUAUCAGGUGUGCAAGGCGCUCUCUUGUCGACUUUGAUGCAUCCAAUCUUGCCGACGACUGCAUUCUUCGGUCAUGCCGCGCCGGUAACAUUCCUACCUUUCAUGAAAAUCCUCUGGAAAUAGUUCCCGAUGCGCAUUUGCAGAGUUUAACUCGAGUUUCUAAAAAUCGCUCUCUGAUUUGUAGGUGAGCGACGAAUCUCUGAAAUUCGCUCUGUUCGGUCGGCUGGGAGAGCCAAAAAUUCCGUUUACUGUGGAGUCAAAACGCGUUAGUUUCUCUUAUUUUUGAAGGCAUUUUGAAAAAAUCUCCAGGUGAAUAUCAUGAUGCUUCAAAGCGAACCUCAUCUGUGGUACCGCUCUUCAAACGGACCCGAGGUUCGUCGUUUCCUACCAGUUUAAUCCAGAAAUAAUGUUUUUUAGGUUAUUGACUGCACUACUGGACGUACAACCAAGGGAGCUCCAUCCAAAGUUUGCAAAUCUGAGCUCUUUGAGGUUCGAAUUCGCUCUUUUCUAUGGUAUCUCCUGAAAUCUCGAUUUUAGGAGUACCGUAAGUUGAAAGACGCCAUCACUACAACGGAAAGCUACGAAGACACCAAAGCUCGUGCUCACGAGUACCAACUCGCCAAGAAUAUGUUCUACGAACAGGUACUGUGAGAAUACGGGGGAAUACACUGAUACUUUCAAUUAGCUUUCUGGAAUUUGCCGUAAUUUAGCUUUAAAAAUUUUUAAUGGACGGAAUGGUACUUACAUAUUCGCUAUCUGCGCAAAUUUCUUGUUUUUCAUUAUUUUUCAUAUUCGCUUGGAAGACAGAAAUGGUUCUGAAACCCAUAUCCUGCAAUUUUAAAACUGUUCGUAUAUGAGACUGGGGUCUGAGCAGAUUUCUAAAAAAAGUAGAUAAAAAAAUUGUCCGGUGCCAUUUUCGUUUGUGGUCCCUUUGAAAGCCUGGAAAAGACAAUUCAGUCAUCGAUGACUUGGGAAAAUAUUAAAUUUCGCCCUCUUUUGUACAAAACUAGAUUUUUUUAUGGUUUAUAUUAAUAAACUUGAUUAUUGCGUUGAAAAUAGGUUUAAAAUAUAUCAAAACACAACUGAAAAAGAAAAAAUACAAAGAAAGAACAAAAACAUAAUAUCCAAAGCACAAUACGGAUUUUUGAACAACAGAAAUACCGUUUCGCAAUUGCUUCAAAAGCAAAAAUAUUUGAUUCAAAACGUAUAUGAAAAAGCCAUAGUUGACGUAAUUUAUCUGGAUAUAAGUAAAGCCUUUGAUUCCGUAACACAUCGAAGAAUGUUGGACUUACUGGAAUCCUAUGGUUGCAAUGGUCGGCUACUCUCCUGGUUUCAGAGCUAUCUCAUUGGACGUACUCAAAUGGUACGCAUAAAUGAAGCUCUAUCCGAUGAAAUUCCCGUACUUUCGGGUGUACCACAGGGUAGUUGUUUGGGUCCUUUGUUUUUUCUACUUUACAUCAAUGAUAUUGAUAAAGUAGUCAAACACAGCGAACUAUUAACAUAUGCCGACGAUUGUAAAUUAAUGAUAAGCUCGAAAAAUAGAAAAAUUUCGAAAAAUAAGCUUCAGGAAGAUCUAAACUCUAUUCAUAACUGGCUAGCAGAUAGACAGCUUGUCCUUUCGAGUUCAAAGAGUAUACAUGUCAGAUAUGGUAAAUCCAAUACUGAGAACCCUUCUUACACAAUAAAUGGCUCAAAAAUUCCAACAGAUGUAUUCAUCACAGAUCUGGGAGUACAUUUUAGUUCUAAUUUAAAAAUGAAUGGUCACGUGAAUGUAAUUGUGAAAAAAUGCAUGAAAAUCGUGAAUAAUCUUUUUAGAUGUUUUACCUUCUCGCACACUAACUUCAUGAAUUGCUACAAGUUGAAGAUUUUACCUGUUCUUGAAUAUGGGUCAGAACUUUUCUGUCCUCUAACAAGAACAGAUAUCGAUAGAUUGGAAUCAGUUCAAAGGAAGUUUACUAAAAGACUUCAACGUCUCGGACUAAACACCCUUUGGCAAAGACGUUUAAAGAAAGACAUAACUGCUGCUCACAAUUUCAUUUACGGAUACUAUUGGUGCCCAUCUCCAAUCCCUUUACAAAAUACAACAAGUAGAUCGAAUCAACUGCGAGGAAAUGGUCUCAAAAUAGAGCGGCCUCUACUUUCUGACAUACACUACCGGUUCAUCAAUCAAAGAGUUUACAAUCAUUGGAAUCACAUGGAUAGAAACAUAGUAUUUGAGUAUGAAAAAAAUAAGUUCAGAUCUAAACUUGAGAAAUGGUUUGAAAACAACAUUACAGAACUAAACACUCUUGAUCCAACAAAAAUAUGAAAGCUACCUAAUCGACAUCUAAAAGAAUAACUUCAUGGUUAUUCCAAUUUACUCAAGUGGGGGGUUAACACGACCGCGAGUCCUCUUCCCUCCAUCACCACAAGUUCCGACACAUAUGUUCCCAAACUCUCCCUACAUCUCUUUCGUGAAAUUUAGUACUUGUGUGUGAGAAAUAAAACAUUUUGAUGAAAGAAGCUUUUUUUUCUGACAAUGUUAAACCUGUGAAGCGGAAGAAAUUGUUCGAAGAAUAAACAUGAAAAAUCUUUGUUCCAUCACAAAAAUGAAAAAAAAAAACAAUUAAUUUACAGCUCCAAAAAGAUGGAUUCGGCGCGUGGCAGAAAAAGCCAAAGGAACUUGUCGAUUUCACGUUCGAUUCCCUGGACGUCAAGUUUUAA